AAUACCUAGGUAUCUAAGCAUUCGCCUAUAAUUUAACACUUUAAACAGAAAAUUGCAUUUACUAUUAAGAGUCAGGAUAUGCUUCCUAGAACAUUUCUUUGUAAAUGGGGCACCAAGAUAGGAUGUGUUGUGAUUGGUUAUGUGACAGGGGGUCUAAGUAUCGCACUUUGCGUAGGAUCAGUCAUUCGUCUCUUUUUUGGAUUGCCCAUCGUACUUCAAGAUGACGAACUUCAAGGUCAAUUUCCUUUUAACCCAUUAUAUUUUAUAUUCACUGCUGCUUAUUUUGCAAUGCAUACUGUGACGUCAUUCGGUCUCGUACCUGCAGUAAAAGAGGAGCAAGGUCUAUUUAUCAUUCCAAGCAUAAUAAUGCUUCCUGUAGAUGCUGCUCUUUCUUGCAUUGGAGUCAUUGUUUUAGGAGUGCUACUGGAGAAGCAAAAAGAGUUGCAUAAAUUUUUAGUUGGUGGUAUCAUUGUUGGCUCUACAACUUCACCCAUCUUGAUUUAUUUUACCCUAAUUGUGGUAUCAGAAUUUGAAGAAGUGUUUGAAAGAUCAGAUCACAAACUCUUUGUGCUAAGGAAAAAAUUGAAUUCUGAUAGCCACAACAAGAGAAAUUACAAAAAGGAACAUUCUACUGCAGCCAAAUGCCAUGGCACGAUUGUGUGAUAAAGAAUACGAAGAUUUCAAGAGUCACAAGAUACAGGAAUACAAGUUUUAAAGUUUUUAUUCACUGAAAUUUACAUCAUAACAUUAAACUACAAGAAGAAGAAACAAAAUAUCCAAGGACACAAAUACAAUACAUUAUUAUUGAAAACUUUUGAACAAUCAAUCAAAUUAUUCAAGAACAUACAACUAACAACUUGUUAAAAAUAUUUUCUUUGUAAAUGACUUCAAUAAUUAUAAAACUAAAAUUCAUUCCUUAACAUAUUACAUUUUGUACAAUUUUUAGGCAAAUAACACCAACUAUAUGAAUUAUUUAUCAAUAUACAUGAAAUGGAAAAAAAUUCACAGAAUUUUCAGUCUAUUAAAUGUUCCAUUGUUUUCAAAAUUUAUUAAGAGUACAAUAAGUGCUUAACCUAAUUAAUGGCCUUAAAAUGUACAAGAAUUUCAUUUUCAAUUUCUUGAAUAUCUCUUUGUCUAAUACCAGCACAUCACAAGCUUUGAUGGAUAUUACUGUCCUGAAAAAUAAAUAAAUAAUGAAAACUAUGAAUAAUAUCACAAUAAAUUCAAUAUUUUUUAAAGAAGCAUUUCUAAUAAAUAAAAAAACAUUUGUAGAUUCACAUUAUGUUUUAAUCUCUUUGUUAUCUGCUUUUAAUAAAGUUUGCAUUGAUAUUAU